AGCGAUUGGGCCUUCCGUCGCAUUUCGCAAGUACUCGUUGCAUUUUCCUCGCAGUAGCACACCGAAAAAAGCUGUUUAUUAUGACGUUUCCCGUUUUUUUGACAACACCGAGCAGGCACACGAAAGGUUCAGCCCUGUUGUGAAGUUUGCAGGGCAAAAGUGUUUUCCCCCCGAAACACAGCGACAACACUGGCGCAGGCCGAACGCGAAGUUUAUUUUGUAUCAAUAUUUGGCUAGUCGAUGCGACACAUUUUUGUUGUUGUUUUCGUCUAGCUUGCUGGAAAGGCAGUGGAGGAAGACGGUGGGAUAAUAGGGGUACCCUCCAGUCGCGCUUGCAAGCAAAAUAAAGUCCAUCCGGACAGAUUCGUAACACGCAGCUGGUAAAAAUAAGUUCCCUUGCUUCCAACAGCACAAGCAGCGACGAAAGUGAAUCACCGAAGCGAACACAUUCCGCCAUUUUUCGGUGGGAAAUCGCAGUGCAAAAUCAGAAGUAUUGUUAGUUACGGCGUGAUAAGCUGCGUGUAUGUAAGAGUAUUCAGUUCCUAAGGAGAUCGAAGAGGCUUUUUUUAUUUUAGUUUUUGGUGUCCCAGUGGGGCCAGCGAAAAUGGAGCACGGAGCUGUGUGUGCGUGUGUGUGGUGUAUGUGUGUGUUUUCCCCCCGACUGUUGGCGCAAAACGCCCUGUUCCCAGCACACUAUCAACGAAACAUUUGAAAUAUAAAAAAAUGUCCCAAAAUACCGAUCGUCAACCCCCUCCCAAUCGGAUCGUCAAUCAAAUAUUUCCACCCGCAUCAGGAGACAUGAACGUGCGGACAGACUCUCUGUUCCUUCCGUGCCAUUAGUGGCGCAGUUUCCCUGCUGCCGAUUCCGCAUAUUACCUCGAUCAACAUCUGUACCAUCUGGAGGCUGGACCGUGCUGGUGUGGGCAUUUUAGCUGAAAUCGAACCAGAACUGUGUGCAUCGGAAUAGGUGGCCGCUGGACCAGCGCCCGUCAACGAGCAGUGGCGCACCGGGACCGGGAACCAAUGUAAAGCGGAUAUCAUCCCGCUUUGGAGCAAAGCAUCUCGGCGCGGCACGGUUCGAUGUGUAUCGUUUGGAGCAGCGAAAGAGAAUGCUUCACCGGUGCCGUGGCAGAUCGACGGUAUCGUGGCCAAGGGCGCCCAUUGCGGCCAUCUCUGCUGGACGCUGACACUCAAUGACACGCACGCGCGCCUGUACUGCUGUUCGCGCGCCAAAGCAUGUACGCAUCCGGGAGCAGCAACUGCUUUGCGGAUAUAAGCAACUUCCAGGAGCUGCGCUUUACCGCGCCCGCCACCGUGCAGGAGCUUGACACGGUCGAGCUGAACGAGGCCGCCGAUUCGCUGGCAGCCCACGUCUCGCUACAUUUUUCCUCCCCGGGCACGUCCCCCAGGAGCAGCAGCACCAACCACACCAAUGCCAAUGCCAGCAUCAACACGAGCGUCGCUCCAGCCAGCACCAUCAACGGGUAUCGGGUACCGGUGGACGAUGUGGUGGCGGUUACCUGCUUACUGCCCGACAAGGCGAUCGCGUACGAGCUGCCGAAAUCACCGGAUGACCAGCAGUACGAGCGGAGCUACACGCCGCCCGCCCACGACCUCGGGGCGUCGGACACCGGCGUCGGUCCGCCCGCGAAGCAGGCAAAAGGGCCGAUCGGUCGCAAGCAGCACGGGGAUGCGCGGGUCUGCUGCUUUUCGCUGCCCGUCGCCGAGGAGCUGCUAGGCUCGGUCACCACCUUCUACCCGUCGGGCGAUCCGGAGAACGGGCAGACGCUGCGCACGAGCGCCCGCGUCAAGUACAAGAUGCGCAUGGACUCAAUACGCAGCAGCACGCCGCCGCUCGCCGAGCGGAAAGACCCGGCCAAGCCGCUCACCUCGACGCUCUCGAAAACGCCCAGCCAGCCGAAGCAGAUGCGCGUCGUGUGGAGCAACCACGACAAGAACCUGUUCUUCGAGGCGCUGAACGAGUACGGGAAGGACUUCGAGGCGAUCCUGAACUAUCUGAACACGAAGAAGCGCCGGAAGGAUAAUGGCGAGCAGCAGGUGUUCAAGUCGAAGGACGUCCGCAACUUGUACUACCAGUUCAACCAGAAGGUGAUGAAGUACGUCCACUUUUCGGACGAGGUGCGGAAGGAGGUGCAGGAGCUGUACGCGCUGAUCAACUACGGCGAGAUGCGGCGGAAGGUGCCGUUCCAGAACAAGAAGUACUUCCACAAGCUGAAGGAUCUGGUGUACAAAGGCUUCACUACGGUGCGCGAGAAGGGAAAGAACAUACGCAUCAAGACGCCGCCCUGCCGGGCGCUGCGCAAGCUGAACCAGCUGGAGGAGUGGCAGGAGGAGAUCAAGCUGCCGGCGAAGGUGGACGUACUGCUGAAGCCCUCGUCGAUGGAGGCGUGGGGCCGGGUGCAGUCGCUCGCGCAGAAUCCUCGCGUGCGCAUCACCGUCACGAUCCAGAAGCGGCUGUCCGCGUUGCUGCAGCUGUUUCAGCAGAAGUGGCGCGCCCAGGACGUCCGGCUGGUCGAUCGGCUCGACGAGAUGAAGCGGCUGUCCGGCACGGUUUCGUCCAAGAUUAUGCGCCAGCGGUUGCAGCACGAGAUACAGUUGUUCUCGCAGGUGGAGAUUGGUGCGGCCGGCGCACCGCUGUUACGCUUCGUGCCUGCCCAGAACGUCGUGAUCCAUCGGCCGAUGAUCAGCUUGACCGACUUCCAGAGCAACACCAGCAUCUGUCUCAACUCGUACGAGCAGCGGAUUGGCGUCGCGGUGUCGGGCGAGACACUCUGCACCGGGGAGAAGCUCGCGGGCGGGUGCAAGGAGCGGCUGCCGGCCACUGGACGGCGCCAGCGCACGGACAGCAGCUCGGAGAAGGUGGGCAACGAGAGCAAAAAGCUCAAGUACGAUGACGGCGGGAAGGAGCCGGGCGACGAGAGGCCACCGUACGGGCUGGAGCUGCUGCCGCAAGACGGGCCGGCGUUUGCGGAGCACUUCAAGUCACCGAACGCUUCGAACGAGUCGAUCGAAAUGAAGGAUUUCCUCGGGUACGAUGGAGAACACUGCGGGCCGUCCCGGGCGGCCGACUGUGACGUGCUGCUCGGGGCCGGGCGACAGAGCGACAACUCGAGCGAUGGGUUCGCGCUGCUGGACGGGGAGCUGCUACCGGGCGCCCGCUACCACCAAGACACGGCGGAAAGCUCGGCUGGCGAGGAACCGGUAAAGAGCUCGGUGGGUGAGGGUAGCGGAGCUGGCGGUACCGAGAUGGGGAGCAGCAGCGAGCAGACGUGUGUUACGACUGUGACCGUCACCACCACCACCACCACGACCGCAACCACCACCACUACUGUGACGCUGAAAAAGAAGAAAAAGUACCAUCGGCGGAAAGGCGAGAUGGGCAAGCCGAACGCCGCCACCCUGCCGUCGGCAAACCAGUUCCGGCCGCUCGUGACGGAGGAACAGAUGCAGCGAAUACGGGACGGUUGGACGCUCGGGAGCGUGGGUGAUCUGACGGUCGGCGAUCUCUACAUCAUGUUCGGGGCGGAGAUGAAGGUCGAGCUCGAGUACGACUGGGUGCGGGAGGAGACGGUCCAGCGGGCUGCUCCGGUGGUGCUGGCGUCGGAGAUGAAGGUGUGUCUGGCAUCGCAGGGCUUGUCGUCGGUCGAGGAGCGCGACUCGCCGAGGGAGCUGGUGGAUGACGGUAAGCCCACGUGCGCACUAGCGGACCAGGAAGGCCGAGACCUUGAGCUCCCACCGAGCGCCGUGGACGAGGAGCUGCAAGAGGCGACGGUAAGUGUAAAGGAAGAGGUGAAGGAAACGCGAGGCUGCCCGGUCGACACGAUCAGCCAGCGGCUGAAGCACCUGCUCUUUCUGGCCAGCCUGGCAAACAAGGAUACAAAGAAGCGCACCGCCAACGGUGCUGCAGAGCGUAAACCAAAGCGAGCGGAAGGCGACGGCGGCAUCAUGUCGACGCAGGACGACUGUCUACAGUUCAAGCAUCCGAUGCUGCCCGUACGCAACCCCAUCAACCAUCUUGUGCCGGAUCUUCACGUUCCACCCCGCUACAAGCAGUCGCGCUGGUGGCGUUCGCGCGUCAACCGCCAAACGCUUCACCCACUGCUACCGAACAUGGUGCGAGUGACACCCUCCGCAACAGUUACCUCAGCAGCCUCAUUUUCGUCGGCGGCUGCUUCGCCGGGUAGUUCACAGGUAGCGACCUCACAUACAGCCCCGGUAGUUCCGGCUGCCCCGAUAGUACCGGUUGACGCAGACGGAGUCGAAAGCAGCAUUCCAGCUGAACCGUUGAAACAACAAGAGCAGCACCAGCAAUGCGGGAAGCUGUCGCAGCAGCCUGCGCCUGAGCGCACCAACGUCGUCACCUUCGACGAGCUGACGCUACCGAACGACCUCACUAGCUACACGCAUCCAACGUCUUCCAUCACGCCAACCCCAGGCAUGAAUAGCAGCAGCACCGUCCCACCAGACGGCGAACUAAACACCCCGGUCAAAAAGCUGACCGGCGAAGUGUUGCCGCCCGACCUAAGCCUCAGCCUGUUCGACCUCUCCCUACCCUCCACCUCCUGCUCGAUGAUGGCGAAUCUGUUUCCCGAUCUCGUGCCGUCGGGCAGUGGUGCUGCCCCGUCCGGAGACGCCCUGGCCCCGGAGGCGGUCAUUGACGAGAAAAUGGUCGCGGCGAACCUGAGCGAACUGUCGCUGUCUGGGAUAUUCACCGGUCUCGAACCCUUCCCAUCACCGGUUCGUCCACCAAUCGAUCCGGAUGUGGACAUGACUAUGAUGAGCGAAAGUACCGUCGACUACAUCGCACGCUUUCAGGAUAUUGCGGAAAAGUUUCGCACCGAGCAGCACCAUCCCUAGUCUAGGGGGCGGAGGGUGGCAGUACAGUAGGUGACCGCUAACUGAGAGGUAAACAAGCUCCAGUUAACGAACAAUGUUCGCUAACUGGAGUGACGUUUCUAUGGUUUGAUUGUUUUGAUUGGCGCUGACUGGAAUAAGCAUACCAAACUUUUUUUUCAUUUAUGUUGAUAUACAGGGUUUCGAAUCAUAUAAGGGAAUAGU